CCAUUAAACUCUACAAAUUCUAACUUUAUGUAAUUUGAGAAACGAGAUUUAAACUUGGAUCCAAACAUGCUAUUGAAAAUUGAGUUUUUUGAUUGGGGAGUAGUUGAGAGAUCAGAGUCACAUAAUUUAGAUUAUAAAACAUACAAGUUAAAUCAAGCCUUUUUUAUUGUUAAAUUUGGUCGAUGGUUUUUGUCAGAUUGCAGAGUUAAUAAAAUUAUACUGAAAUGAAACGCAUGGCUGAUUUGUUAAUCCAAGACAAUUAUUGCUGUCAACUGCUUUUGAUUUCGAUGUUAUUUUAAUGGCAAAAUCUUGAUCUUGGUAUAUUUUGCAUGCAAUAUUAAUUUAGGAGUAAGAACAGUCAGUGUGUAAUAACAAAAAAGAAUAUGCAUAUUUUAACUUGACUUCAACUACACUCCCUCCCAAAUUCAACGAUCUGUUUAUUGUUCAGGUCAAACCAAACCAAAUCUUCCAUCUCAUCAGAUCCAUGUCCUCUAAAUCCACAACCACCAUGACAACACAAAAUCAAAACACAAACUCAAACCCAGCAAUGUCAACAGCUCAAGAAGAAGAUCAUUCACCUAACCCAACAAAGAAAACAAAGAACAACACCAACAAACUCAUAUUCUCAUCAAUCAUAACAGAACCAAUAGAAUGGCUAUCAAUGCUGACAUAUCAACUAAACCCAAGUUUCAUAGCAGGAAUAUUCCUAGUAUACGGUAUAGGACAAGGCUUCUCAGGUUCAUUCUUCAAACUUGUCUCAGACUAUUACUGGAAAGACGUUCAAAAAAUUCAACCUUCAACAGUUCAACUAUACGUUGGAAUCUAUUUCAUCCCAUGGAUUCUCAAACCCAUUUGGGGUAUUUGCACAGACGCUUUCCCAUUAUUCGGGUACCAACGCCGGCCUUAUUUUAUUGUCGCCGGCGUCAUUGGAACUGUUUCCGCCUCGGUGGUUGCGGUCCAAGGCGGACUGGGUGCGGCGGCGGCGUUGGUGUGUUUCGUUGGUGUGUCGGCGAGUCUUGCAAUUGCUGAUGUGACUAUUGAUGCUUGUAUUGCAAGGAAUAGUAUUGAGGUUCCUUGUUUGGCUCCUGAUUUGCAGAGUUUGUGUGGGUUUUGUUCUGCUUCUGGUGCUCUUCUUGGUUAUCUUGUUAGUGGGUUCUUUGUUCAUCAUCUUGGUCCUCAGGGGUCACUUGGUCUUAUGGCAAUUUUUCCUGCUUUGACAAUUGUGCUGGGUUUUGUGAUUUAUGAAAACAGAACCAGUGACUUGCAUAAUGAAAAGAAGCAGGGAGCAGUAGAAAAUGUAGGAAUGACAAUUAGAAGCAUGUACAAAACCAUAAUGUAUCCACAAGCAUGGAAGCCUUCUCUUUACAUGUUCCUUUCGCUUGCUCUUAAUCUCACAACUCAUGAAGGCCACUUUUACUGGUAUACUGAUUCAAAAGCCGGUCCUGCUUUCUCUCAGGAGUUUGUUGGUGUGAUCUAUGCAAUUGGUGCAGUGGCUUCAAUAAUAGGAGUUCUAAUUUACCACAAGUAUCUAAAACAAUACACAUUUAGAAACCUAGUAUUCUAUGCACAACUCCUUUAUGCCAUAUCAGGUGUAUUAGACUUAAUCUUCAUUCUACGUUGGAAUUUGAUCAUAGGAAUACCUGACUACUUCUUUGUUGUCAUUGAAGAAACAACUGUAAGAAUCACAGGCAAAUUAAGGUGGAUGCCAAUGAUGGUACUAAGCACAAAACUAUGUCCAUUAGGAAUUGAAGGAACAUUUUUUGCAUUGUUAAUGUGCAUUGAUAGCAUUGGUGCACUUAUAUCCAAAUGGGGUGGAGGAUUGUUACUUAGUGUAUUUCAUGUUACUAGAACUGAUUUUAAUAACCUAUGGUUGGCUGUUCUUAUUAGAGACAUGCUUAGAUUUGUUACACUUGUUUUGGUUUUUCUUGUACCUAAUGUAGGGCCUUAUGAGGAAUUGAUUCCUUCUGAGGUUUGUGAAAUUAAUAAGAGUGAUGGUAAUGUUGAUGAAGAAACCUUGGAGCUUGUACCUGUCCAAGCCAAAACAGAAGUUUAGAGAUUUUUUUGUAUAGUAUAUACUAACCCUUUAUUUUUGAAGAAUACUUGAUGUACAAGCUUUUUAUCAAUUAAUUUUGAUCUUUUGUAGUUA